AUGUCUUUUAUUUUUCGUCGUGUUACGAAACGAAAUGUUAUAUUUCCAAAACUAGAAGUUUAUCAAACUGAUAUUUCGAAAGUGUGUAGACUGUUAUUUUUGAAUAAUAGUGAGAGUUAUCGAUGGUACACACCUUUUGGGAGUAACGUUUCAGAUAAUGAUCCUUUGGUUAUUGAAAGAGAGAAAAAACGUCUUCUUGGAGGGAAGGUUAAAGGACCAAUGAAGCACGCUCCAGGUUGGAAUGAAAGGUUGGCAUCGGAUAGUGAAGCUAUGGUUAAGGCUGAACGGGAACCAGAUCAUCAAUCAAUCGCUGAACUUCAACAAGAAACACUCUCUCAUUUAUUGAAUUUACAUGGGGAUGAAGGUGAUGAAAUUAUUGUUAAGAAAGAAGUUGAGGUUAAACAUCAUGAUAAAAGAGGUGAAUUUACUGAAUCUGCCAAAGUGGAACGACAUAUUAAUAAAUAA